AUGGGUUUGGAAUGCUUUGUGGGUGCAAGGCUCUACGUCAGCCCAGAAGUUUAUCAGAGGAAAUAUAACUCCAAGAGUGAUAUAUGGUCAUUGGGAUGGUUGCUCCAUGAUCUCUGCAUGCUUAAUGUGUGGGCCGAUAACAUGCAGCGCCACAUACUUCAUGCUGUCAGUAUGACAGGAAACCCCCCUCCCAUCUCAGAGAGAUACUCAGAGGAACUUCGGGAAUUAAUCAGUCAAAUGCUCAGUUGUGACCGUAAAGACAGACCUUCAGCUGAAGAGAUUCUAGCUAAACCGUUCCUGACAGAUGCAGUAGACAGAAACAGCAGAACUCCAGAGGCACUAAUACAGAGUUUUGUUAAGUCUAUCACUGCCUUUGAUGAGGCCUACAACAAGCACUAUAAAGACAUUGAGGUUUUAGUUAGUGAGUGGGGAAGAAUAACAGAUUCGAUGGAGUCUGCACAUUACAGCGCCACAGCGGGGAGUCUGUCAGGUUCGGUGAUCGGAGCAGCUGGAGGAAUCACUGCAUUAGUUGGUUUAAUUUUGGCACCGUUCACUCUUGGGGCGUCUCUGAUUGUUACUGGUGUUGGUGUUGGAGUAGGAGUUGCAGGUGGAGUAACAGGUGCUGCAUCCACCAUUACUAACACUGUACAGCAAAAAUCAUUCAGAGAGAGUCUUGAACAAAUUCAGCAGAAGUAUAAAUCUGUAAGCGAACCAAUUCUCACACCACUGAAUACACUAAGAAGGGUACUGAGAAAAAUCACAAAGUUCAGUGUUUUUUUCGGCAGCUCAGCUUUUGACAAUGUGCAAAUAUCAUGCAAUUUAGACAGAAGGAAUGUUUUGUGUGCCACACAACUCAUGAAUUUGGGUCUGUUGGCAAAUGUUAGCAGAAUUGCUACUCAGACUGCAAGAGUAGGGCGAGUUGUAGCAGAAGCAGUCUCAGGAGUGUUAAGUGGACUGUUAGUCAUACUUGAUGUUGCCUUCAUAGUGAUGGAUUCUGUAGACAUUCACCAGAUGAGACAGGGAAAAGUAGAUGAUCCAGAAAAGGUCAAAUCCAGUGUACUUAAAUCCAUUGCAGAGAUGAGGAGAACACACAAUGAGCUUUGCAAUGUCCAGAAGGAAAUACAAAAAACAAGAGAGGAACUAAAAGACUAUAUAGAAUUGGCCAGGGGUAACAGUGGAAUAGACAAUGAUUUAAAUAGUUUAAACAUAUAUACAUAAUUCCAGUCAAAGAAUCAGGCAAAUUUAUAUAUGAGAAUGAGUAAAGAGAAAAAAUUAAUUUUUUGUAGAAAUCAAACUAAAUAUUUAAUAUGUUGAUCUGGAACAACCAGAAUUCAUGUGUAUAUAGUGAUUUUUACAAUGAUUGUUUCAGUAAAAUUAUGCAACAAACUUUGU